ACAUACAAAAUAACACCAGUUUUAUUUGUCCGGCGGAGGCUGUUUGUGUCGACGGGUUUAGGGGUGUUUUAUAUUUUAGGUUGGUGUGUUGUCGGACAUGAGGACUUUGGAGGAGGUGCAGGCCACGCUGCAGGUCGCCAACUGAAAGAAGAGGACCUGCAGAAAAGUGUUCAGUGGUGUGAGCUUCAGUCAGAACGUCGCCUCUUCAGAUUACUGCCUGAUGGAGCUGGACCAAACCCUCUGCAAGCUCAUAGAGCAAGGACAAAGUCUGGUGAUUCGCGGUAACAAGGAUGAGCAUGCUGUGUUGUGCACCAGUGACCAAACUUAUGAUCUAAAAAUAGCCGACACAUCCAACCUGCUGCUGUUUGUACCAGGUGGAAAAACACCAGAUCAGCUAACUAACUGCCAUGAAAGUUCGCACGUGGUGCACGCUGAGGUAUGGGGAUUUUGUAACAGCUACUGGGAACUGAGGAAGCGGCGCCCGAAGCUGAAGAAACUAAAAAAACUUUUAAUGGAAAAUCCCUAUGAAGGCCCAGCUUUGCGAGGGCAGCAGGAAAACACGGAGCAUAGGUACACAAUGCUGGAUCUGUUGGAAACAAUUCAGGCCAGUGAAGAGGAGAUAAAAACACACCUGCAUGACAUCCAUGCCUGUCAGAUAGAUGAUUACUGGCGUGUGCUGGAUUUUGACUAUGAGAUGAAGCUUCUUGGUCAUGUGACUCAGCUGGUGGAUUCUGAGUCAUGGUCCUUUGACAAGGUUCCCCUUCAAGCCAGUCUGGAGGAGCUGAGCCUACUGGAACCCAAAGAGAUGAUCGAACACUGUUUGAACUGUUACGGGAAACGGUACACAGAAAACGGCGAAGUGUUUUAUGCGCUGAACGAGGAUAAGGUUUGUCGAGGUUUGGCGCUGUUGCUGCUGCACAACGCUGUCAAAUUCAACCUGAGGGAGUUUCAGGACGUCUGGCAGCAGAGCGUCCCAGAGGGCAUGAGCACGAGGCUGGACCAGCUAAAGAGUUUUGCCCUGGUGGACCGGACCUCCAGUCCAGAGACCAUCUGCCUGUUGAAGGUGGAGGACCUGCCAGAAGACACAAUGGAGCGCUUCAACCGCCUCUUCACACUCCGUGAGAAAUGGACAGAAGAGGAUAUCACACCGUAUAUACAGGAUCUGUGUGGAGAAAAACAAACCACUGGUGCCCUCCUGACCAAAUACGCUCGGUCCUCAAUGAAAAAUGGGAUCAAGGUCUUUAACUCCAGAAGACCUGUGGCUACCUGAAUAUGUUUUUUAAAUAAUGUAUAUAGUUGUGAUUAUUUUCAAUGUAAAAUGUCACAUUGCAGAAU